UCCGUUGUAGGCAAAUUAAUUAACACACUCUCUCUCUCGAUUCUGUAAAUAUAUUCCCUCUCUUGCACUUAAAGAGUGGUUGACAAAAUUGUUACAGUGUUGGUUUUUGUGUCUUUCAAUGUCUGAGGCUUUUCGUCUUUAUAAAACUGAAGAGUACUCCAGAGAAUCUUUCAGUUUAUUGUGAUAUCGUGAGGGAUUGAGACAAGACAGUCAUUUGGAUAAUCCUUCAAUAAAAAGUUAAAAAAUCAGUGUUGCAAUUAUGACUGAAGAGAAUCAUAGAAAUUCGAUCCCAAUGACCGUAACAAUUGGAACUGGAGAGGAAUCUCCGGGAAAUCCUGUUGAGGAUAGUGAGAAAAAAGGGGUGGAUAUAACAUAUGGAAUAGAUGAUGCUCCUCCAUGGUAUUUGUGCAUAUUUCUCGCAGUGCAGCACUACAUGACCAUGAUUGGAGCUAUCGUGUCUAUUCCCUUCAUCCUCACCCCUGCUCUCUGCAUGGAGGACGAAAAUCCUGCCAGAGGAGUCAUUAUCUCCACCAUGAUCUUCGUCACGGGUUUGGUAACGUGGCUUCAGGCUACGUGGGGCUGUAGAUUACCAAUAGUUCAAGGUGGGACAAUAUCCUUUCUUGUUCCUACUCUGGCUAUCCUCCAUCUGCCUCAGUGGAAGUGUCCAGAUCCUGACGUUCUGGGCGCAAUGCCAGAAGACGAAAAGGAAGAACUGUGGCAGAUUCGAAUGAGAGAACUAUCAGGAGCAAUUGCUGUGUCUGCUCUUGUCCAGGUCUUCAUUGGGUACACUGGUCUAGUUGAACGUCUCAUAAAGAUUAUCACACCACUUACAAUUGUGCCCACAGUGUCCCUUGUCGGACUUACAUUGUUUGAACAUGCAGCUGCCACAGCUUCCAAGCAUUGGGGAAUCGCUGUGGGAACCACAGCUAUGCUUACGCUCUUCUCUCAAGUAAUGGUCAAUGUGAAUAUUCCUGUGGUUAAAUACAGAAAAGGACAUGGGCUGGAAACUCGACCAUUUGCCCUAUUCAAACUCUUCCCAGUCCUCUUGACGAUAAUCAUCAUGUGGGGACUUUGUGGGCUUCUGACUCUUUUUGAUGUGUUCGAACCAGGUAAUCAGGCACGCACAGAUGUCCGGUUGAAAGUCCUCACAGACGCAUCUUGGUUCAGAGUACCCUAUCCUGGCCAAUUUGGCAUUCCCACUGUCACUCUGGCAGGAGUUUUGGGAAUGCUGGCUGGAGUGAUUGCCUGUACAGUGGAAUCUGUCAGCUACUACCCAACAGUUUCCAGGAUGUGCGGAGCCAAGAGUGUUCCAGCUCAUGCUCUCAAUCGCGGGAUCGGAAUUGAGGGUUUGGGAACAAUGUUGGCAGGAUUAUGGGGUUCAGGGAAUGGGACAAAUACUUUUGGGGAGAAUGUGGGAGCUAUUGGAAUCACCAAAGUCGGCAGCAGAAGGGUCAUUCAAUGGGCAGCUGGUAUUAUGAUACUCCAAGGAGUUAUCAGUAAAUUCGGAGCAGUAUUCAUUAUGAUCCCAGAUCCCGUUGUCGGGGGUAUUUUCUGCGUAAUGUUUGGCAUGAUUUGUGCCUUUGGCCUUGGAGCCCUACAGUACGUGAAUCUCCAGUCAGCCAGGAAUCUCUACAUCAUCGGACUCUCUCUGUUCUUCCCAUUGGUUCUGUGCCAAUGGAUCCAGAAACAUCCGGGAGUUAUAAAAACUGGAAACGAUACAGUUGAUGCCACUCUGUCUGUCCUCCUGGGCACAUCAAUUCUUGUCGGAGGCGUUAUUGGAUGCCUCCUGGAUCACGUAAUUCCAGGGACAAGGGAAGAACGAGGCCUCGUUGCGUGGGAAAAAGAAAUUGACUCCCUAACCGGGGAUGCAGAUGGGGAAAUCGUCACUUCAACUUAUGACUUCCCCUAUGGAAUGAGUCUCCUGAGGAGAUGGAAAUGGACUUCCAAGAUACCCUUCCUACCCACAUACAAACCCGCCGCAAAAAAGAACUAGUUACUGUGCUGUGAGGAAAUUAAUCUCAAGAGAAUUCAAGAACUAUUGAUUUUUUUUCUUCCGAACUUUCAGAAAAAUUAUUAUUCUUAAAUUGAGAGUUAUAUUUCAAUUAUUAAAAUAGAGAAAAUUUAAAAAACAA